AUGGGAUACAAGAACCAAAAUGCUACUUGUCCUCAUUAUGCUUGUCCUGGGCUUCAUUGGAAUUCUGUUUUGAUUCUUCCCCAAAGCCGUGAGAGAGAGAUAUGUCAUCACUUUUCUUUUUCAUUCUCACAUCUUCUCCUUCAUCCUUAUUUCUCCAUCUUAGCUGGACACCACCAACUUCCAUUUCCACCCCGUUUAAGCACCGAAACAGCCCGAAAAAUACCAGUUCUAAACAGCCACGUAACAGCUCCAUUUCACCUCCAUUUUAGCUCCCAAAACCAGCCCCAUUUCAGUCACAAAUCAGUCCAGAAAUCAGCCACCGUCCAGCCGCAAAACAGUCCGAAAACAGCCCCAAACCGGUCCCGACGGAACUCCAUUGCCGUGCAAUCAACCCCCAAACUUCACCGCCGUUCUCGUUGCUCUCCGCUACAACUACCGGACCGAGAUCUGAGAGAGAUGUCUGACGUGGACCCAAGCAAACCGUGGGCGUGGUCUUGGCACAUGUUUGAUCAUGAUGUCCUUCCGAAAAUUUUUGGACAGACCACGGAACAUGGACAAUGCGGUUGUUGCUCUAUCGUAGCAACGUCGGCAGCUUGGUCCGCAGCAUGGGCAAUCAAGACCGCAAGGCCCCCUCUUGAAUUAGCUGUACAAGAGUUGAUCAACGAAGUCCCCAAACAUUACAGGGAUGAAAUGACUGUAAACGAGAAUGACUUGCGCGCUUCGGCAUAUACGAGCACCUCGUUCAUGUACAUAAAAAGCUCUUGUACAGCUAAUUCAAGAGGGGGCCUUGCAGUCUUGAUUGCCCAUGCCGCGGAGCAAGCUGCCGACGUUGCUACGAUAGAGCAACAACCGCAUUGUCCGUGUUCUGUGGUGAAGAAAAGUAAGGUCCAGUACUUAUCUACGACGAGGGAAGAUAGAGAUUAG